AUGGCGAACACUCAUGAAGCGCUGUUGCUUGUUGUGCGCCGAAAGUACGAUGAGACACCGUCAAAAAUCGCAGUGUCAUUCCAGGACGGGGAGAAUGGCAGUGUGCAGGAUGUGUCGGGUGGCAAAGCCAAGGUUUUGCAGACAAAGCUGGAUGUUGCCAUGGUUCUCAAGGAGACAGCCUCCGGCAAAUUUCUUCAAUUGUGUUUCACAUGUCCAACUUGGUUGCAAUGCCUGGACAGAACCACUGCAGAAACCACUGCGGCUGCGCAAGAGGCAAUCCUGUCCAGCCUGGCCUCUCUCAAGGAGAGCAGCCAGAUGUUCAAGUUAAUGGUACACCAUGUAGUCACGGAUAAGUAUUCGGCUAAUCUCAAGGCUGAAUAUGUCCUCAAUUCCAGGCUUACCAAAGGCAUCACAUCCCAUGUGACAUGUGAUAUUCAUAAAGUGGCAACAAUUCAGGCCAGAACUUUACGAUUCGUUGAUCCCCACAUUUCUGCCAUGAUUGGAGGGGCCUUGGCCAUGGGCGAAUCAGGGUGCCUCCUUGUUCUUCGGAAAUGCCUGGCCAGUGUUCUUGAAGACAGGUUACAGGUGGUCUAUGGUGAACCACCAAAUGACGAGCACACCUUGAAGUUCAGGCAGGCAAUCUUGGACGCUUUUUUGCCACUUCCCAAAGGUACUUGGAGUGAUGUGAUGAGAAGCAAGACGAAGAAGCGAAUCUACCAAAUGCGGUUCAUCAUCAACUUUUUUCUCAAUGGCGACUUGCAGGACGAUGGAGACCGUGUGCAGUUUUGGACGACGGAUUGGCGAGCAGACAGAGCUACUGUGCUGAAAGCGAUGGUGCGCUGGCUUGUGCCAGCAUUGUUGCCCACAAGGCCUCCAAUGUUUUACAGGUCACGCUGGACAGGGUUCCAGGGCAGCUACGAGUUUUAUGGACUCCUGGCAUCGCUUCACAAUCUGCUGAGGCCAACCAUUCUCCAUUACUUGGAUGGAGAUUCCGCAAGGCCUGCCCCAGAUGCUGGCAAUGCAGAUGCCGGUAAUGCAAUGGCUAUCCAAGACCAGGCCGAAAAUCCAGCAGCUAUAGAAGAUGCACGCCCGGCAGAGCAGGACAAUGCAGAGCAGCAGAUGAAGACUGUUGCAAAUGAUUUCGAUUGGGCUGUAUUCCGUCUUCAGAUGAAACAAAAGUUGAAAAGUUGGGUUCAGACAGAUCCAGCGCCAGUUCUUUUGGUGCUGGCUGUGGCCAUGACUUGCAUUUUGCAGCUUCUUCACAAAAUGCUGAUGAAAGGUUCCAAGAACUGGGAGAAAGCUGAAAAGGCAAAAGUUGCCAGAGGUGAGGCGCGGACUUUUGUGGCUUUGGAGUGUUGCAGGCAAACUGACUUGAUCAGCUUCCGUAGCCAAAUCUCUGAAACCUUCCAGCGCUUGAUCCUGGGCAUUCCACGCCAACAGCAUUCGCAGCAUUAUCAGCUGCUUUUGUUCAGACUUCUCUCAAGCCUUGCAUGUGCCACUGAGCAUUAUGUUGGAAUCGCUUGGCGGGGAUACCCCAUCAAACUUUUUGCAGCCCUGGAUGACGACUAUAGCUUCAUGAAAGAGAAGCAGUGUGUGCUGUGCCCUCUCUCGCAGCUGUUGAGGGAGUCUUUUGAUGAGCGGACUGUGGAGGAGACUGAGUUCAAACAGAUCAUGCUGUGUUUGGCUUCAAUCUUUUCCACAGAGAUCUCUGAUGUUGAAAGCAGACAUGCAGCAACGCGGCGGAUUAAUACAAUCCGGAGUGUGCAGCGGGCAACAAGCCAGCUCAUCACCGUGAGUGCAGAUUGGGUCUGUAGGAACAAUUGCGUUGACCGCCGUGACUCCCUAUACGAGAAGACGGAUGCAAAGACAACAGCAAACCCUGUGCCUGGUGAGUCUACUGAGUCUACUCCACCAAAGCCAAAAUCUCACAGAGCCAGUUCCUGGCAUGCUUUUCUGAGCGAGAAUUGCAGUGAGAAGUUCUCAAGUGCGAAUGCCAACAUGUCUGAAUUGAAGGAGAAGUUCAAAAAUUUAUCCCCGGAAGAGAGGCAGCGCUACCAGGCAAUGGCAGACUUGGCCAAGCUUGCUAGGGAGAGAGGAAUCAAGAAACCAUAUGGGGAGAAGGCGCUGCCUGCCAAAUCCUCUGAAGCAUUGGUGCCCGAGGGUAACGCACGAAUCUUGGAUCAAAGCUUCGAUUCGGGUAUGCAGCUUGUACGGGCGCAACAAAAGGCAAGAGAUGUGGCCUUGCAGGAGUGGUCUGAGUCUAUAGAGACUGCAUUGCAACAAUUUCAGGAAGAUGAUUCUGUUGCCAAGCAGGUGCUUGGGCAAUGCGGCUCCAUGAUGUCCAGCAACUAUACUCCAGCGUUGACAGGUUUGCCUGGGGCCCUUCUGAGCAUUGGUGAGCACCAGGAGAUCCGGACAACGUUGCAGAAAGAGUGGAAAGGCAUGCGUGACAUGAUCUUUCAUGAACAACAAGCUCCUUUGGGUAACGUGACAUCUCAGCGCAGCGUGUGCCAGAAACUCGGCAUGUGUGUUUGCGAUGGAAGUGGAUAUAAGGCUUUUACCUUUCACAAGAAGCUUGUGGGAGUUCUCAGGCCUCUGUUCACGCCUUUGCGACAGAGAAAGCAAAAACAACCUGAUGGAUCCACCAAGCCAGUUGAAUUCUCAGCUGCUCAGAAGGAAAAGCAAAUAGUGUUGAAGUCUCGCAGAAAGGUGCUCAACGACUCAUUCCUGGUGAUUCGGUUGGACCACAAGCCAUCUGCAAAUGUGAUACAAGAUGCUCAGUAUGUCCACCGAUCAUGGUCUGCUCUCGCUCGGCGAAGUUUGGGACAGGUCUCCACAGUUGACAAGCCGAAGGUACCUUCUCUCUGGUUGCACUUGGGGUAUGUCAAUUUGACCACAUGGGAAAUGGCUGUGCUACCUUUGCGGCAGGAUGGGGAGCCAGAUGAUCAGGGUGUGCAGCGGCUGAUUGUUCAUGAUCCUGCAGCAGACACCGCGUCUCUCUUUGCCAAAAGCAUAGAUUUCGAUAUCACAUGGUCAUUGCAAGCCUAUUCUGUCAUCAAUGAUGGAAGAAUGCUGGGGCUGGAGGAAAUGUGCCCAAAUUGGGUGUUGGUUCAAGAAAUGAAUUUGGACGCAGUUGAAUUUUGGCAUGGGUGGCUGCAAGAAAGCAAGGUGCAGAAGGAGGCCAAGUCAGCCCAGCCUCCGCGCAAGCGGGGUGGCCCAGCAAGAUCUGAAGCGAAGGCCAAGAAAGCCAGGCUCACAGAUGUUGCGCGCUCAUCAGG